AUGCGCAAGGCGCUUCGUGCGGAGCCGCUGCACGGGCCCGCUUCGCAUGCGCAGGCCCGGCGGUCGGAGGCAGGGGCCUGCAUGAACCUGUUUGAAGGCUUUGGGAGCUCCGAGGGCGUUGAGGCCAGUGCGAAGCUCCAGCGCAUGCGGCAGCGCCUGGCAGAUCUGGAGGGUAGCGAGGAUCCCCCGACCCCGCCAGCACCGGCGCCAGCAGCGCGGCGCCCGAGCCCGGCGAGGCGCGCCAGCCCUGCGAGGAUCACCUACACCCUCGAGCCGGUGACGUCGGAGGCAGCAGCGCAGGAGGCAUCUCCGUCUGCGCAGCCGCCGCAGGGCGCCCAGAGCAGCACCUUCCAAGAAGAGCCCGAGGUGACGAUGCUUCCAGAGGACUGCGAGGAGACCCUUGUGCCCGAGGGCUUUGUCGUGCAGGAGGCUGUGAUGCAGGACCGGCGUGCAGCCGGUACCAGGUUCUCGCCGCGCUUGUCGGAGGCGGCCCCCCGGAUGCCCCCGGCCCUUCCGACUCCGAUCCAGCGGCAAAGGCUCCACGUCUACGGGUUUCAGUCUCGGCUGAAGCAGGUCAAGUUUGAGGACGAAAGCUGA